AGGUACUUUAACAAACUCAGAACAAGAGCAGUGUGCAUUUGCAGAAUAACACUGGUCAAAAGAAAAAUGAAAACGACCAUCUUUUUGCUGUGUUCUCUUUUGCCAGUAAUAGUUUUCAGUUUUCAUGGAAAGCAUGGCAAAACUAUUGAAAGAUGUAACAGAGAACCGUUCCAGAUACCAAACUACUACGUCAUUCACAUCCGGGGCUAUUCGUUAUUGAGACACUGCCCACAAGGUACAUUCUAUAUUCCUCACCUGUGUCGAUGUGUUACUAGGCGACUCGUUUCAAUACUCGUCGAAAACAACCCAAUAACCACACGGACAGACCCUUCAAUAACGAAAGAGGAGCCUCCACGCUCAAGCCCUGGGGUCAGCAAAGACAUGAACCCUGGAGUAAGCACCGAUAUUCCAAUGCUUACCAAUUCGUUAGCUGUAAAGGAAGGAUUGUUGAAUGUGAAAACCAACGGUUGGCUUCAAAACGAAAUUAUGAAACCGAGCAAAAAACCCAUUAAACAGCGCCAGCAAAAUACAAAAAACUCUACAAAAUCACAAGUAGCGUUGACUUUAAAAAAUAAAGCAAGAAAAUCAAUAUCUAAGUCGCGAAAAGGAAAGCGAGAAAAAACGAAAAACAAAGAGGAAAAUUCAAAUGCUCAGAAGAGUCUCCUAAAACAUAAAAAUGACCACCAGCAUCACAUUGCCGAGAACAGUACAAUUUCCUCACGAAAGGAAGGCCCUGUUAUUACAAAACUGAAUUUCACAAGGAAUCAAGACACAACAAACCAGAGUUUCUGCAAUCCGUACUUCAAAUUUGUUUUUGAUCGGACAAGUCUUUCCGCGGACAAGAGCGUACCUUCUUCGCCGUCAAAAUCUCUCCAAUAUCUUGGUGUCGCUGGAAGCACGGGGAAAACAUCAGCCUAUUUCGAUGGUAACGGGUGGGUAACGGUAUGGGGGAUGAGCUAUAUUACCUUUGCCCCUAAAUUUAAAUUUCAGAUACGCUUCCGACUUCGCGAGGAUUAUCCCUAUGAAGACGAGUUUUACACCUUGAUUUCCGAUGGACCAUGUGAAGGUUCCCAACCCAAAUACAGUGUGUCGGUGAAUCCAGUAAGGCGGGAAAUCCACUCAUUUAUAAAGCUGAAGAGCGAGAACGAAUUGGACCUGCUUUUGUCUGAAGAAGAAAUUACAAAAUGGGUAACAGUGUCGCUACAGGGAACAAAAAGUGAAAUCACGUUAUCCACAGACAGUGCAAAAACUACCGGAAACAUUGGAGUAUCCACAAUCAAAUCGUCUGCAUGUCCUAUGGAAAUUGGUAAAAAGACACCCCUUUCACAAGGCUUCGUAGGAUUCAUUGAUACAGUUCAGUUCCAUAACUGCUUUUAACAAAUAAGAGCAUGUGUGCAGAUAUUGUGAUUUCACCCUGGACACUACACAAUGUCAUAUGGAUAAGAAUAAAUUUUAUAAGCAUUAUA